GAGUCUCCGAAGUCUACCAAAAGCACCACAAAGCCUGGCAGCAGCAGUAGCGGGAAGGAUGGUGGGGCAGAGAAUUCGGAAGAGGCCCAGCAGCCUCAGCAGCAGCCACAGCAGCAGCAGCAGCAGCAGCAAACUUCAAAUAAGCGGCCCAGUAACAGCGCUCCCCCACCAACCCAGCUGAAUAAGAUUAAGUACUCGGGGGGACCCCAGAUUGUGAAGAAGGAGCGCCGGCACAGUUCUUCUCGCUUCAAUCUGAGCAAAAACCGGGAACUGCAAAAGCUCCCAGCCCUUAAAGAUGCUCCUCCACACGAACGAGAAGAGCUUUUCAUCCAGAAGCUGCGGCAGUGCUGUGUGCUUUUUGACUUCAUCUCUGACCCCCUCAGUGACCUGAAGUUCAAGGAGGUGAAGCGAGCAGGUCUCAACGAGAUGGUGGAAUACAUCACACACAACCGUGAUGUUGUCACUGAGGCCAUCUAUCCUGAAGCUGUUAUCAUGUUUUCAGUGAACCUCUUCCGGACGCUCCCGCCAUCAUCCAAUCCCACAGGUGCAGAGUUUGACCCUGAGGAAGAUGAGCCUACAUUAGAGGCUGCCUGGCCGCACCUGCAGCUGGUGUAUGAAUUCUUCCUCCGGUUCCUGGAAUCGCCUGACUUUCAACCAAACGUAGCCAAGAAAUACAUUGACCAGAAGUUUGUACUAUCUCUGCUGGAUCUCUUUGACAGUGAAGACCCCAGAGAACGAGACUUCCUAAAGACUAUUCUGCACAGGAUCUAUGGAAAGUUCCUGGGUCUGCGAGCGUAUGUGAGGCGGCAGAUCAACAAUAUAUUUUACAGGUUCAUCUAUGAAACAGAGCACCACAAUGGGAUUGCAGAGCUGCUAGAGAUCCUGGGAAGCAUAAUCAAUGGGUUUGCUUUGCCCCUGAAGGAAGAGCACAAGAUGUUCCUCAUCAGAGUCUUAUUACCACUGCACAAGGUGAAGUCUCUCAGUGUCUACCACCCACAGUUGGCAUACUGUGUUGUACAGUUCUUGGAGAAAGACAGCAGCUUGACAGAGCCAGUGAUUGUGGGCUUGCUGAAGUUCUGGCCGAAAACUCACAGUCCCAAGGAGGUGAUGUUUUUAAAUGAGCUGGAGGAGAUACUGGACGUGAUUGAGCCAUCUGAGUUUGUGAAAGUUAUGGAGCCCUUGUUCAGGCAGUUGGCCAAGUGUGUCUCCAGCCCACAUUUCCAGGUGGCAGAGCGAGCGCUGUACUAUUGGAACAACGAAUAUAUCAUGAGCCUGAUCAGCGAUAACGCAGCCAAAAUUCUCCCGAUCAUGUUUCCAGCGCUCUACAAGAACUCCAAGAGUCACUGGAACAAGACAAUCCAUGGGCUGAUCUACAAUGCACUGAAGCUGUUCAUGGAGAUGAACCAAAAGCUUUUUGAUGACUGCACGCAGCAAUACAAGGCAGAGAAGCAGAAGUAA